GUUGAUGGAAACUCAUUCAGGGAAGAAGUACUUAUUUGCUGAGGUAAAGCAAAAGCUGAGGAGGGUUUUGCCAGUGUGCAGCUGGGGAAAGGAGCAGUGAGAAAAAAUCAGACGUGCUCUACAGCCAGAGGUACCUGAAAUCUUGCCUUGCGUGAGGGGAGAUGGGGAGGAAGAAGCCACGAGCCUCUGCAUCCUGACAGCUGCGGCAUCGGGACUCACUGCUGCUCGUCUCACUGAAGGAAAGUGAAGAUAAACUCAGCUUAAAGAGGGAGAGGAGCUAGACUUGGGCAAGCUUUCAGUUCCUGAUGGACCCAGGUACACCCUCAGACUCUUUGCUUCUCCCUGUUUGAACUUUCACGAUAUGAGCAGCUGAUUCUGUGCUUGGAGGGCUGAGCACUCGCCUGAGCUGGGAUGCUUCCAGCCUCUUUGGAAGAGCAGUGGCUGUAGCAACCUUGGAUUACAGUUCUGCAGCACCUUGAAAGGAAAGGAUGAGGACUUGUCACUGAGGAAAGGGAAGCAUCACUCCAGAGAGAAUGGAGGGGACACAUUCAAACCUGCUUUGAACCGAACACAAUGCGAGAAAGCGAAAUCUCCCGUUGAAGAGGAGCAACCUAACAGCCCCCUAAUGAGCUUGUGUUGUCAGUUCUGGCCUGAGCAACUGUUGCCCUGAGCAAUUUGACUUCUCUGGGUUUCAUAGUUGAGUGCAUUUUAAACGAGUCUGUAGACUUAUUGGAGGUGGGGGGGGAGUGGGGGUGGGGGGGAGGCGACACUUCAAGGUGGGUGGCAGGACUUUCCAGGGCCUCUUGUAUUUAUGUAAGCUUCAAGAGGCUGAAUGGACUUACCUCUUUCCUCGAGUGAAUCCAGACUUUCAAACAAGUUUAUCUCUCCCAUUUCCAUGUGUCCUGCUUGAGCAGAGAGACCUUGAGCAGAGAGGCAUCCCUGGCCCUUGUGUAGCCCAGAGGCUUGGCCUUGACCCUCCUCACCUCCUCCUUUUGCAUUGCUUGCUUUUUAGAGAGAAGCCCGUGUCUAUUCCUUUCAUUAUCCUGCUUGGAGAGUGCCCUUCCUUUGGCCCCUCCCUUUUCAAAAUGAAGGGGUGCACCUGGGUAUUUGUGGCAACUUUACUUUGUCAGCAGUUUUGCCUCUUCAGAGUGGCGGCAGCGAAGAGAGAGAGGAAAGGGAAGAAAGAACCUAACCAGUACACAGAGCCUCUCAAUGCCACCCUCUCCAACAGUGAGGAGCUGCACGGGCAUCCCAAGAUCCUAGAAUCUCCAGAUCCCCGAAUCACAGACCCCCGGCGGACCUGGAUCUCCUUUGUGCACCGCCCGGACGACGGCAGCACCUCCAAAAGGAGAUGCAAAGGGAAAGACAAGAAAUUACGUGGCCUUGUUGGGCCUCCAGGACCUCCUGGUCCUCAGGGCCCUCCAGGAGCACCUGGUGCUGAAGUCACCCGAGAAGUCCUUCUGCAAGAGUUUAAGGAGAUACUGAAAGAAGCCAUUGAACGUCGAGCAUCCCUGGCUAUCUCAGCCCAUCCCAGCCAGCUGCCCCCGCUCCUGCUCUCCUUGGAGGAAGCUUCACCCCACAGACGUGUAGAGGAGGCAUUCCAUUGCAAGCUAAAAGGACAAGUCACUGUAGAUAAGAAGACCCUGGUAGAACUCCAGAACUUCCAGUCGCCUCUGGCCAAAGGAGCUUUUCUCCGGGGGACAGGAUUGAACCUGGCCACAGGACGCUUCACAGCACCCGUGUCUGGCAUCUACCAGUUUUCAGCCAAUGUCCACGUGGGUCUUUGGAAGUCAUUGCUGGUCUGGAAAGUAACAGCAAAAUCUUCACAAUCUAUGUACAUGGCUUACUGCAGCUGCAGGCUGGCCAGUACACCUCUAUAUUUGUGGACAACAGUGCUGGAGCUCCUGUCACCAUCCAGAACGGGUCAGACUUCAUGGGCAUGUUGCUGGGUGCGUAACCUGCAGCAGCCUGGCAGGGAAGGAGAUGAAUUACAGCCUUGCAGUGUAUAUUUGACUGAAGAAACCUUUACUUUGACUCUUGAAGACUGCUACCCAUAACUGCUGGCAUCUUUUUUAAACAAGCAAAGAGCCUUUCCUUUCACAGAUACUCCAGCUUGCUUUCAGAGGCUACUGCUAUUCAAGGUCCACAUCAUUCAUCCUACAAAAACACACUCUUACCAUUCAGAAGCAAAGCCUGUGGUGUUUAAUUUGUGCUUCACCAGGUGCUCACUCAACAACACACUGAGGUUUGACUUUGUUGCAUUAGAACUUCAUGUCACAAUAGCACUUGUACUCAGCGUGUCUCUUGGGAUUGACUGUGGGGUGUUUGAGACGGUAAGUGAAGGAUUGAGAGGGGAAGUAAAAGAGUGACUAUAUCCCAUGUGCUGUGGAGGAAAGAGACAAAGAUGUGCCAGCAAAACUGCUUGAUCCAUACAAUUGUCAAUGCUAUAGGCCCUAGAAUUGGAUCUGUUUGCCAGGAAGUGUGUUGAACUCGCAGACAAUGCCAGCUCCACAGAUGGGAAUCCAAGGUCUGAACUCCUUAAUGGGGGUUCUUUAUAUCCAAGUAUUUCCUUGAUCUUACUGAUGAAGCUGAAUACCUCACUGCCUGUGCAGUUUGGUCUGUAAUGAAAAGGUAAAAGGCAAUGGCAGCAGUUCCAGCAUGAACUCCCUUCCCUGUGUUCUUAUGUUUUAGUAAGACAUACGUGUGGCUUUGGGCUGCAUCACAUAAAGAGCAUCCUCUCGGGUGCCAUGGAAUCACCUGGAAACGUGUGACAUGCAUUACACUGCCUGGCAAAAGCCUGGCAAAGAGCAGCCUCGGAUCACAUGUGUCACAUCUGCUUACAAUGGGUUUGGAUGGAACAAGUGGCCUAUCUCCCAGCAUGUAUAACUAUCCUGUCCUUUGUACUGUGUAUCUGUAAUAAAUUGGGCUGUUUCGUGCAUGACUCGCAGCAACAUCAUCCAAGUGUUGUGCCAUUCAGCAUAUGUUGGUGCAUCCAUAGGGGUUUGGAACCAAGUCUCACUGUUCUUGGGAAAUCAGAGUUAAAAUAUUUAUUGUUGUAGAACUAAAGAAGUUUCUCAGACUUUGCUUUGGGAUUUGUGAUUUUUUUCGCCCUGUCUUUGCUGUGUUUUACACUCAUGAGC